AUGCAAUUGUCUUCCAUUCCAGUCUUUGGCUUCCUCUUCAUUGUAAACCUUCAGCUAUUCAGCACAUACCCUAUCAGCACUGCCCUGACUGACACUGACAUGGACACCUUAAAGAUGAUCCUUCACAUACUAGAGGAGUCGGUUUCAGAGCAGACUGAGGUGGACCAGAGAGCCUCUCCAGAGGGAGAAAGUCUUGGCAGCUUAAACGUAGAAGGGGCAGUAGAUGGACAGCAGCCCCAAAUUGGAUUGGACGAGGCUGCAAUCAGGGAGUUUCUCUCAGCCAAGAAUCUGAAGAGCAUCCGCAAUGACUCCUCCAGGAGGUCCUCAGGCUGCUUCGGACGUCGGAUGGACAGAAUAGGCUCCAUGAGCUCUCUGGGGUGCAACACUGUUGGCAAAUACAAUCCAAAGUGA